CUAGAUGGUUUGUAGCUUAGUGAAAGUGUUUAGAUCGAUGAUGUAAAAGGCAGUAACGCCUGAGUCUGGACUCAUAAACUGUCAAACGCUCAGAGGGACUGAAAUAAACGGAUAUUUAUUUAGUUUCCAAGUUUCACUUCUGUACAGCAGCUCGUUUUUUGGGCAUGGAGAAAUCAAAGCAGGAUCCCUUCGACAAAGCCAGACUGCAUGUGAUCAAAGAUGGCUAUGAGCGAGCGUUCGAGUGCAUUAACAGCGCUCUUUCUGAGGAUGAGGCGGGACACGCGGCACAGGCUCUGGAGCUUUAUCGCCAGGGACAUCGGCACCUCCUCCGAGCUCUCAGCGUGCCCACGCAGGGAGAUGAGUGCUUCGGCGCUCAGUGGGAUUCGGCAAGGCAGAUGCAGCAGAAGAUGCAGGAGACUCUGAACAACAUCAUGUCUCGAUUAACAGUGCUGGAGAACAGCACAGCUUCCUCAGCUCCUACUCCUGUACCCUGCAGACCAGGGAACGAAGCAUCUUCAUCGAACCUCUACCCUACACUCCAAACAAGACCACCACCACCCAAGGUUCUGUUCCCCAGCGGGCAGUCCACAGGAAGCGAACAACCUCCUGCGUACUCACCGCAAGCUGCCGACGGACACGUCAGCAUUUCAUAUGGAACAGCUUCUGGAGAGCUGUCUUUAGUAGGGGACGAGUUCUACAGCCACACGUCCAGCUCCAGUGCUUCUCCACAGAUCCUGGGGGAAGAUGGAGAGGAGCUGUUUUUUCUGCCCAACGGUGUCCAGAUAUUUUUCGUCACCUCUGAUGGACAAGUGAGCGCACCCUCUUACCCAGGAUACCUGCGCAUCGUGAAGUUCACCGAUGACCACUCAGAGGUCACGCCCACCAGGCCACCAGCCUUCCUACAGGUGUGUGACUGGUUUUACCCCCUCAUGGCCACUGACUCACCAGUGCUGCUGUGUAACACAGGAGUCUACAUGUUCCCUGAUCUGAUGGCUCCAUCUCCGGGGUACUACGUGGGUGUGGUGCUUUCCUCCGAACUGCCCCAGUCAGACCGGGACCUCUUCCAGGUCGUCCUGUCCCAGCUGACGGACCUGAGAGUCCAGCCGUCCGAAGAAGCAGCAGACACUAUUAACCUGCCUCAGAAGGUGCCCAUAGAGCCAGCCGUGCCUGAGGUGGCGCCCUCUGCUGAGGAGAUGAAUGAACUGCCAGAGUGGAGCGAGAAAGUGGCUCAUGGGAUUCUUACAGGAGCUUCCUGGCUGAGCUGGGGAUUAUCGAAGGGAGCCGAGUACACAGGGAAGGCCAUCCAAAAAGGAGCAUCCAAACUGAGGGAACACAUCACACCCGAUGACACACCGACCCAAGUCAGCCCUACGGUCUCUAAAAGCCUCCACGUAGCCAAGCAGGCCACAGGAGGAGCCGUGAAAGUUAGCCAGUUUCUGGUGGAUGGGCUGUGCAGCAUUGCUGGCCACGUGGGCAGAGAGCUGGCGCCUCAUGUAAAGAAACACGGCGCUAAGCUGAUCCCAGAGUCCAUGAAGAAAGACAAGGACGGACGAUCCAACAUCGACGGCGCCAUGGUCGUAGCUGCAAGUGGAGUUCAAGGAUUUGCCACGAUGUGGACAGGUCUGGAAACCGCAGCUAAGAACAUCGCAAAGAGCGUCGCGACCGAGACCGUCACCACCGUCAAGCAUAAGUAUGGGGCAGAAGCAGGGCAGGCCACAGACCAAGCCGUCCACUCCGCCAUGAACAUGGGCAUCACCGCCUUCAACGUCGACAACCUGGGCAUCAAGGCCAUGGUGAAAAAGACGGGGAAAGAAACAGCACACGCCAUUCUGCAAGACUACAAAGUGCAAGACGGGGCGGAGGCCAAGGAACAAGAGGAGAAGCCCAAAGAGCAGAAAUAAGACUGCCGUCACGUAACGGACAGGGUUUCUGCUUUACACAGAAAAGAAACAAAGCGUCAUGCUGCAGUCUGAAUGUACGCAGGUUUACCAUCAUGGUGGACUUAAUACUGACCUGCUUUGGUUUGGUGUAUUUAAAAAAAAGAAAUAAGCUCAUACUCUUUCAUUAUUUACCAACAUGCUGCCUAGAAAUUCAAGUCUGUUUGGGUCUAUUUUUAUACAGACAAAUUCCUCUUUAUAAGAAGCCUCACAGAUUUUAAAGGACUCCAUCGUUGCCUUAUUCUGCUCGCUGUGAAAGUCUAAUAGACUAAACGCUAAACCUGUUCGGUCUUUAUUCGUCAGUGAAAUCACUCUGAUACACGCAAAUCUGAACGCCAAACGAGUUCGGUUUCUUUUGUUCAACUGUUCCUCUUGCGUCAGGUCAGAAAGCUCUGAAAUCUGAGCGUAACAUUUGAACAAAAUAGGAUUUGUGGUUAAAACAAUUGUAAUUAAAAGCAGGUUAUAUAACAAGCUGAAUAUUAAACGUUUUAGAAGCCUUUUGCUAAGGCCAUAAUGAAGCGGGCUUAGUAAUCAAACUUCAACUAAGGCUAAGUCUCAGGAAGUGAUUUUUUUUUUGUUUUUUUUUUUUUUUGUUUAUGUUUUGUUUAUGUUAUACGGAUGUUCUAUAACAUUAAACAUGACUAGAAAUGGAUAAAACUGGCGUUCUCCUUCAAUAAUUUCAAGAUUCUGCAGUAUAUAAGAAACAAAACCACUGUUUUUUCCCCUGACGGCACACGCUGUUGUUGUUGUGUAUACUUUUAGAGACUUUUUCAUUUGAUAUUUUAAAGAUGUAAUAUUUCACCUUUAAAAUAUGUUUAAUAUUAAAAUGCACUGAAUAUGAUUCAGUAUAUAUAUGUGUAUAUAUAUAUAUAUAUAUACACAUAUAUAUACUGAAUAUAUACUGUUAUUUUCAUAAUAUCUGCAACUGGAUUUGUUAGAAAGCUUCAUAUAUUCAGUGUCGUGAUGCACAUCUUGCUUGUGCAUGAAAUAUGCAAAUUAGGGAUCAGUGGGCGGAGUCUUGUUCCAGAACGGCUGAUGUUGAUAUCAAAGACUGUGCUGAAAUUUAAAUUUGUGUGUGUGUGUGUGUGCAUUUGUGUGUGUAUGCGCGUGUGUGAUAAGUAAACAUAUUUGACGAAAGAGGUUAUUAACUGUACAAGUUAAACUGCUAACGGUUUAGUAACAUUUCUACAAAUGUUAAUUUUCUGUGUCUAAAUGCUGCACUAGAUCUAUAGACUAUAGAUGACAUUUCUAUAAUUAAAUGCUUUAUUUAUAAAGAUGUAUUUUAAUUCUAUAUCAUUGCAUCUCUUUUCAAGCUUUAACUCUAUUUCCAAGCACUUUACACUGUUAGGAAAUUAUUCCAUUAGAAUGAAAGGACAUUAAGUGUCUUUUUGAAGCCACAUAUUUCUGACUACUAAAAACUGAGAGAAGUAAAAUAUUUUAAAUGUUGAGGUAUUUUAAUGAACUAUAGCUUAUAUAUGAAUGAUGCAUUCCUAUGCAGUUACUCCAAUGUCAGCAGGUGUGUGUGUGUGUGUGUGUGUGUGUGUGUGUGUGUGUGUGUGUGUGUGUGUGUGUGUGUUUCCCUUUUUUGGAGUUGUUAUAAUAUUUGAUUUUCGAGUUCCCAGGAAUGGAAACGUUGAUGUGAUUUGACAGGUACUGUAUCUGAGCUUGAACUGAGCUGUAUAUGUGUACACCAACAUUCAGACACUGCCAGACAUGACUGCAGAUAAGCUCAGUCUCCUGCUGUUCAGUGCAAAGGUCUCUGGGUAAAAAAAGGGAACUGUGUGCUCAUACUUUUUGCAAUUGUAUAAAAAAAUGAAAUGGUGAUGCAGGUUACAGAACGAUUCGAAACAAAAUCAGCAGGAAUGUAGUUCAAAAAGUACACCAUGAGCCUCUGUGUGUGUUUUUCACACUUGUGUGCACUUGUUCGUUUUGUGCGUGUGUCCUUCCUUUUUAACUCCGUUCUUCCUGUAUGCAUUUGUUUUAACUGCACAUAAGUAAUGGUUAAAUAUUAAUAUAAUUAUCUGGUACAAUAAACUGAGCUACUCAAGCACGCAA